AAAACCAAGAAUUAGUUCAUAUUUCAUUCCUAAUUAAAAUAGAACAAGUAGUUGGCUUUAUAUAGCCUUACAUAAGAAAAUAAUUCUCUAGAUCCACUAACAAUCUUAAUUAACUAACCACUAAACAUGAAAUAAGGAAAAUAAACCAAGAAAUUAGAAUUUCCACAUGAUGCUGGUAACAUAACAAUGAUGGUUUGAGUUGUGAAGGAACAAAGAUUAUGAUUUUUAUUUUUUAAAGAAGAUAUAAAUAUCCAUAUUUUUUUUGAACGGCCAACAAACUCAAUCCCGAGCACUCUCGGGGCACCCACUGGACAAACGGAGUACUCUUAGAGUAACCCGAGUCCACCACCAAUUCCGGGGAAAACCCGGUAACCCACCCGCCCAUAGGCACGACGGUGAAAUUACCGGUAAAACUCGCUUGGCUCAAGGAUCCAACCCAGGUUUCCCUGGGUCUCCUAUCAUUGUCCACCAAUGCCUCACUCUGCACCAAGUGGGAGUCGAACCUGCAUCUCUCAAGAGAAAUGCAAGCCUUCCAUCACUUGAUCUAGAGAUCAUUGGCAUAUAAAUAUCCAUAUUAUCCCAAUAACAAUUAACAAAUCGUAAGUAGGUAUUGGCUACGAGCUACACUUGGAGGAGGAUUGGAGCGUCGUUGCCAGGGUUUCAGAUAUGCUCGCGAGAAGUGGCGAUACCUGUUUCAUAAUGGACCCCUUCCGGAGGAAUGCCAUAUCAUCGUUGACAAAGACGCCUCGCCAAGUGAAGUCUUGAAACAUGAUCCAUGGUAUAUCAAGCAGCGGUUGCCAAUGGUAUUUAACACUUUUCACCUUUUAUUUUCUCGGCCUUAUGUUUGCAAAGUUGAGUUGAAAGGAUACCAAUGGUCGGCCAGGCUCUAUGGGUUGACAAUCUCUUGUUUGGGUUGGGCUGUAAGCAACUAAAACUUGUUAAAAAUUUCUAAUGUUUCGGUGUAUCUUACUUUCUAUUUUUCUCUUCUUUUCAAGAGCAACCAUACCCAACAUGUGGCUUUUGAUAAGUAUGUUUUUUUUUUUUUUUGUUUUUUUUUAAUCCGAACCCUGCACUUUGUAAGCAAGUGGAACUUACUAUCAGUGCUUUUGAUAAAUGUUGCUUAUUUAUUCAUUCAUGUGAUUAUUAUGGACACCUUUCAAAAAAAAAAAAUGUGAUUAUUAUGGAACAUUCUCCCCUUAUAAAAACACUCCUCCAAUCCUCCCUCCCAUUAACAACCCCCCCCCCCCCCCCCCCCCACAACACAAACAUACACAUUUCUCCCAUGUCGUCAUUAUUCGUUUUUGUGUUUUCAGUUCUUAUUCUCCACGCCGGAGCCACAACCCUACUGCGCGACUCUGCUCCCCGCGGUAAUCCCACGGCCAUAACCACAAGCGGCAAUACGAUAUCCGCUUGCGGUGGGAAUUGCAAUCGCAAUCCAUACUCUGUGACAUACUGCGAUGGGAACUGCAAUCGCAAUACAUACUCCGAGACAUCCUAUGCCGUUAACAAACCCGCCUCUGAUCCGCUGAACCUUGAGGAGAAACAAGCGCUCCUUAGCUUCAUCAAUAAGCUUCUUCCUAACGCUAGCUCAUUAAACUGGACAGAGUCCGGAUAUGCAUGCUCUUGGAAAGGCGUUACUUGCAACCCCAGUGGCAUCACCGUGCUCUACCUCCGCUUACCACUAAAGAAUCUUACCGGAGAAAUACCGCCUAACACAAUCGGAAAGUUAACCAGCCUCCGUGUGCUGUCCCUCGGACAUAACAGACUCUCCGGCGAGAUCCCUUCUGAUUUCUCCAAUCUCAACUUCCUUACCACACUUUACUUAAAUCACAACAACUUUUCCGGCAACAUCCCUUCAUUUUUCUCCAGUCUCUCCUACCUUACCAUACUUCGCUUAGAUAACAACAGCUUUUCGGGCAACCUCCCGGACAUGAUUAAAGCACAGGAUCUAUCCACUUUUGAUGUUUCGUAUAACAAACUAGAUGGUCCAAUUCCACGUUCGCUUUCUGGCUUUCCGUUAUCUGCAUUCUCCAACAAUUCUAACCUUUGUGGUCCUCCUCUUUCUCUAUGUAAUGCUUCAUUUUCGCCGCCUAAGUCUGAUGGAGAAGGAGACGAUACUUCUACCCCGAAACGACGUGCAAUUUUCGGUAUUUUCAGCGGAUCAACGAUGAUGUUACUCAUUUUCCUUGGCUCUGUAGGGAAGAACAUGUAUCAGUAUAUCCGACCGACAUCCGAGAAUAAGCAGCUAGUCACAUUUGGGGAUGAUGUUUUUGAUUUGGAGGAUUUGUUGAAGACGACUGUUGAGGUUUUGGGGGGAGGGAGUGUAGGAACGUCGUAUAAACAGGUGUUGGUGGGAAAGAAUAAGACGGUGGUUCUGAAAAUAUUGAAAGAUGUUGUGGUGACGGAGGAGGAGUUCAAAGCAAAAAUGGAUGUUUUGGGGAAGAUAAAGAACAGAUAUGUGGUUCCGUUGAGAGCUUAUUAUAAUUAUUCGAGUGAUGAGAAGUGGCUUGUUUAUGAUUACAUGCCCGCUGGUAGCUUAUCUGCUCGUCUUCAUGGUGUGCACAAGUCAUCUAAGAGUAAAAAGGGACGAACACCUCUAGCAAACCUGAGUGUGAAUGAUUUAGUCCACGAGAAUCCCAAUAUCAAUGUUCAGGAAAAGGGUUCGGCGCUUGAUUCUCAUCGUUCGCCAUCUCCUGUGCAUGUCGCUGCUCCAAUGGAAGCUGAAGAUACUCCUGCAAACCCUAUCGGUGUGUCUGGCAGCCCAAAUUCGUUUGAUGAUGAUGUGAAAGCUAUCAAUCAAGGUUCAGUCCUAACACAAUUCAACUGGGACUGUCGUGUGCAAAUUGCACUAAGUGCCGCUAAGGGGUUGGCAUACUUGCAUGUAGUCGAAAAAAUUGUUCACGGCAACAUCACAUCAUCAAACAUCUUGUUCCAACAAGAAACUAACAAUGAAGUUUCGUUGUCUGACUACGGUCUCAACACACUUUUUCAUGGGUCAAGAAGCUCCCUUUACCAUCGGGUCACCGGUUAUUGGGCCCCGGAAGUUCUCGAGACACGGGAAUUCACCUUUGAAUCUGAUGUGUAUAGCUUUGGGGUUUUGUUAUUGGAGCUUUUAACUCGCAAAAUUCCUAACCAUGCAUCAUUGGAUAAGGAAGGGGUCCACUUUUCUGACUGGGUCGGUUCAAUUGUAUGCAAGGAACCUAAGGUUGAGCUUUUUGAUGUGGAAUUAACGAAGAAUCAUAAUUUUAACAAGUUGGUAGAGUUAGCAAAGGAAUGUGUAUCGAUUGCGCCGAGUCAACGACCACCAAUGUGCGAUGUGGUGAGUAGGAUGGAGGAUAUGUUGUCGUACAAAUUAAAGGGAUACAAUGAUAGGCCCUCUUCAAUGGAGCUCGUGAUACUCUAAGUAACAUCACGCCCGACACAACAUAUAAUCGAUCUAAUGUGAAUUGGUGGUUUUGUGUUCUUGAAAUUGUGUGUUACUUUUAUGGGCCGGGUCAAGUUUCCAUGGGGUUGAUUGUAAAUUAUUAUUAGCUUGUGAGGUUGUUUGCCUGUGGUUGUAAUAUGUUCUAAAAACUUACCUCUUGAAGGUGACCUUCUUUAAGCAGCUGCAUUCUCCUCGAAAGAAUUAAUCAAUGCAGUUGCUAUAAGAUUUCUGUUUUAACUUGAACUGAUUUAGAUGUUUAAAUAUGUGAUAAAAUUGGAUUUAGGGCAUGUUUGGAUUGCU